UGUGAGCAGAAUUCAAGGCGUGGCCCAAAACUUCUGUAGUUGCAGCUUCACAAAUCCCAUGAGACAGUACAGAAACAAGAAAUGGAAUGGUGAAAUUUCGGGAGGCAUUGAAAGAUGCAGAUUCUUCUCCAGGAAGAAGAAAAUAUUAAGCAACCACCGUUUGACAAUGAAUCCAUUAAAAUUAAAGAUGUUAAAGCUAAUAAGGAAUGGUCAUGGCAGCUAUUUGCUGCUGCGGUGGUGGGUGCCCUUGGGUCAUCUUUUCUCUAUGGUUACAAUCUAUCAGUUGUGAAUGCACCUUCAGCAUAUAUCCAGGAUCUUUACAAUCAGAGCUGGUCAUCAAGAUACAAUCAGACAAUCGCCAAUGGCACCAUAUCUUUAUUGUGGUCUGUUACAGUAUCAAUAUUUGCUAUUGGUGGUCUUGUAGGAGCCCUGGUUGUAAUUCCAAUGGUUAAUGUCUUAGGAAGAAAGGGAACAUUGCUUCUCAACAAUGUGUUUGCCAUAGCAGCAGCAUUAUUGAUGUCUUUAGCGCGCUUAGCAAACGUCCCUGAAAUGAUGAUACUGGGUCGAUUUAUCAUGGGUAUUGAUGGAGGGAUUGCUCUCAGCACACUUCCAAUGUACUUAAAUGAAAUUUCACCUAAGCAUAUUCGUGGAUCUUUGGGACAGAUUACAGCAAUACUUAUCUGUGUUGGAGUAUUUACUGGGCAGGUUCUGGGUCUCCAUGAAAUAUUUGGAACUGAGUCACUUUGGCCUUGCUUAUUUGGAGUUAUCCUUAUUCCUGCUUUGAUACAACUAAUGGUGAUGCCCUUCCUUCCAGAGAGCCCUCGUUACCUUCUGCUUGAAAAGCAAGAUACAAAGAAAGCUGAAAAAGCCUUUCGUACAUUCCUUGGGAAAAGUGAUGUGUCUCAAAAUAUAGAAGAAGUUUUGUCAGAGACAAGAAUUCAAAGAAACACCCGAUUAGUGUCUGUAUUCGAACUUUUCAAGACACGCUCAGCACGAUGGCAGAUAAUAACAGUAAUAGUCACCAUGGCAUCUUACCAGCUAUGUGGUAUUAAUGCAAUCUGGUUCUAUACAAAUUCUAUAUUCAAAGAAGCUGGAAUAGAACCUAAAAACAUUCCAUAUAUUACCUUAUCCACAGGUGGUAUUGAGAUUUUGGCUGCUGUUGUAUCUGGUAUGACUGUAGAAAAGCUUGGGCGCAGACCUCUUCUAAUUGGAGGAUUUGGCAUGAUGACAGUAUUCUUUGGAAUUUUGACUGUAUCUCUGACUUUUCAGCACCGUGCUUCAUGGAUACCCUAUCUCAGCAUUGUGUGCAUCCUUAGUGUAAUUGCAUCAUUUUGCAUUGGACCAGGUGGAAUUCCCUUCGUCCUGGUUGGGGAGUUCUUUCAACAAUCCCAGCGAUCAGCAGCUUUUAUGAUUGCUGGCUCUGUCAACUGGAUCUGCAACUUUGCUGUAGGCCUUCUUUUUCCUAUAAUCCAGAACGGUUUGAACAACUACUGUUUCCUCGUUUUUGCUACCAUUUGCCUGGCUGCUGCUCUCUAUUUGUAUUUCAUUUUGCCAGAAACAAAAAACAAGACAUUUAUGGAAAUUGACCAAUCCUUUGCAAAAAUAAAUAAAAUAUCUUCAGCCAUUACAGAAAAUGAAAAUUACUCAAUGGAAGAGAAAUCUAUCGAGCAGCUAGAAAUCUGUGCUUCUCCUGCGCUCAGCAAUGAUAAGAAUGAAAAUGAAACAGUGGAGCAAACUUGUUCUGUGUAAUAUGGUGAGAUAUUAUAACAUUAUGAUUUACAAAUUUAGAACUGUAAAUGAUAUGGCACUGAAAAAUUUCAUCAUAUUAAAACAUUUUUAUAGUGGCAUUAUGUAUUUUGUUUGAAUAUUGUGCUAUGUGAUAAUUUAUAUGCCAAUAAACUAAACAAAAAUG